UGUGAUGGGGUCACCAUGGUUACUGAUGCUCUGACGGGUGUUGCCAUGCUGUUCUGUCUCCAGGUGAUGGUGGUGGUGAAGUACCUGUUCCAGUUUGGAUUCUUCCCGUGGAACAGUGUGUAUGAGAUGACUCUGAAUGAAGACAAGCCGUUCUUCCCUCCCUGCAUCCUGGGCCUGGAGAAGACCGACAACUACAUCAAAUACGAUCUGCUGCAGCUGCUGGCGCUGUUCUUCCACCGCUCUCUGCUCAUGCGGUACGGCCUGUGGGACCAUGAAGGCCCCCUGGAGGAGCAGAGCCCCUCACCAGAGGGAUGUAAGGAUGAAGGAAAAACGAGAGAAGGAGAUGAAGAUGGAAGGAGGAAGGAGGGGAGAGCAGAAGAGGAGGAGGAGGGCCGAGUGAGCUCCACAUCCACCCUGGAGAACCUGGAGAUCACUGAGCUGGACCCAAGUGAGAAGGAUUCUGUGGACCUUGUAGAGCCCAGCACCAGCUCUGCUGCCCCCGCACAGCCUCCUGCAGCUGAGGCAGCCCCCAGAGAGGAGCCUCCGUCUGGGCUGAACAUUGAGAAUCUUCCCAGCAGGCCUAGGGAGGAUAGGAUGGAGGGAGACAGUGAGCAGGUCAUAGAGGAAGUCCCAAAGAAAAGCAGCGGUCUCCGCUUCAGAAAGAAAUCUAAAAAACCCAAGAAACAGAGCAGCAAAGAGGAGGCCACGGCUGAGAGUGCAGAUCCCUGUGAGGAACCAGUGAAGAAGAAGAAGCAGAAAGGAAGGAGGAGAGAGGAAGCCAGUCAGAAACUACUGGCUGUGGGGCACAAGAUAAAACAUGUCUGCAUCUCUGGGAUCCAGAGUGUGUACCGGCCGGCGCAGAGCUUCUUCGGGGGGAUCCUCCAUGCUGAGUACCGGACUGCCACAGAUGUCUAUGCAUUCAUGUUCCUGACUGAUGUCAUCGACUUCAUCAUCGUCAUCUUCGGCUUUUGGGCCUUUGGGAAACACAGUGCAGCGGCGGACAUAGCCUCCACCCUGUCGGAAGACCAGGUCCCAGAGGCCUUCCUGGUGAUGCUGCUCAUCCAGUUCAGCACCAUGAUCAUCGACAGAGCGCUGUACCUGCGCAAGGCUGUGUUAGGAAAACUCAUCUUCCAGGUGAUCCUUGUGUUUGGGAUCCACCUGUGGAUGUUCUUCAUCCUGCCUGCUGUCACUGAAAGGAAGUUCAAUCAGAACUUUGUGGCCCAGCUCUGGUACUUUGUCAAGUGUAUUUACUUCGGCCUGUCAGCCUAUCAGAUCCGCUGUGGAUACCCCACUCGUAUCUUAGGCAACUUCCUCACCAAGAAAUACAACCACCUCAACCUGUUCCUCUUCCAAGGGUUUCGUCUGGUUCCCUUCCUGGUGGAGCUGAGAGCAGUGAUGGACUGGGUUUGGACUGACACCACUCUGUCUCUGUCCAACUGGAUGUGUGUGGAGGACAUUUAUGCCAACAUCUUCAUCAUCAAAUGCAGCCGUGAGACAGAGAAGAAAUACCCACAGCCCAAAGGACAGAAGAAGAAGAAGAUGGUGAAAUAUGGCAUGGGUGGACUCAUCAUCUUCUUCCUGAUCUGCAUCAUCUGGUUCCCUCUACUCUUCAUCUCAUUGGUCAGAUCAGUGGUGGGUGUGGUCAACCACCCCAUCGAUGUCACAGUGACAGUCAAGCUGGGAGGAUACGAGUCCCUGUUCACCAUGAGUGUGCAGCAGCAGUCCAUCCAGCCCUUCACAGAGGCUGAAUAUGACCAGAUGACCCAGACAUUUGGAGACAAUGCGGUGGCCAUGCAGUUCAUCACGCUCUACAGCUAUGAGGAUAUGGUGACGGCCAUGAUUGAAGGUAGUUCAGGAUCUGUGUGGAGGAUCAGCCCCCCCAGCAGACAGGAAGUCAUUAAAGAACUACUUGGAAGUCCAGUGGACCUAACACUACGUCUCGCCUGGACUUUCCAGAGGGACCUGGGUAAAGGAGGGACAGUGGAACACACGUUUUACAAACACUCUAUAGACCUGGAGCCUGGGAACCCAGUCAGAGCAGAGCUGGCCUCACUGCUGGUUGGAAACCGCACUGAGCCUGUGCAUGUUCCUCAUAUGUUCCCUAACUACAUCCGGGCCCCCAAUGGAGCUGAGGCCAAACCAGUCUCUCAACUACUCAAAGGUAAUGAAGAUGGUUACCUGAACAUCACACUGUCCCUGAAGAGUGACAGAUCACUUAACGGGAACCAGGAGUGGUGGGACAUUGCCAUUGCAGACUGUGCCCCCUCCCCAUGUGGAGUUCUACCCAUGGUCAUAUUCAAUGACAAAGUCAGCCCCCCCAGCCUGGGUUUCCUGGCUGGAUAUGGGAUCAUGGGUCUGUACGUGUCCGUGGUUUUAGUCAUUGGGAAGUUUGUGCGAGGCUUCUUCAGCGAGAUCUCACACUCCAUCAUGUUUGAGGAGCUGCCCUGUGUGGAUCGCAUCCUGAAGCUCUGCACAGACAUCUUCCUGGUGCGUGAGACUGGAGAGCUGGAGCUAGAAGAGGAACUUUACUCCAAACUGAUCUUCCUUUAUCGAUCUCCAGAGACUAUGAUCAAAUGGACCAGGGACAUGUACAGUCGAGAGCAGGACAGAUACUGACUGAAUGAUCUUGUUUGGUUGUAAAAGAACACAUAUCUGAAGCUCAUUGCAAAGACGUCCAGAGGACAACACAAGCAGGGCUUCUUGAGAACACUCCGUACCAGAGUGGAAUUUGCCUUACAACCACGGAGACACAUGAAAGGAGAUUUACACUAAUCAACAUCUUCUUCUGGACAUCUGUUGCUGUUGCAUCUUCUCUGCUGCCUGAGCAUUUUCAUCAAACCGCCUCACACUACAGACUAUUGAGAGUAAUGUCCCUCUGUGGGUGAGAUGGACAGCAGCUGGAUGUCUGACCUGCAGGAUUGGGACAUACCGCCCCUGAAAGGCAAACUUUGCCCUUUAACACAGCCGAGUUUGACUGCUAAGGUCAAACAAGAGAGAAGUCAGACCUCUUUGUAUUGGAGCCAUGCAGGUUGAGUGACUGUGUGCUUGCAACUAAUUGUAGGUCGCACCAUCUGAAGUUACUGUGUGAGUAUGCCGAAGAAAAUGUUCUUUGCUGUCAAUCAAACUCACAAAUGUCUUUAAGAUCAUGAAUUAUUGUAAAGUGUUGUGUUUCCAGCAGCCAAGUUACAUUGACUUUAACAUCAUGAACCGAGGUUUGACCAAACAUGUCCGCCUUAAAGUGCCUUUUCAUGUUUCAAAAGUAGCCAUAUUCUGAGUUUGGACUAUUUAUAAGCGGCUCUUUCAGUUCCCGGCCACCAUAGGCCAAAUAAUGGAACAUAUGUCACAUAGACCUGGUGGUGUGACACCUUUUGAAGAAAUGUAUUUUGGUAGCCCUGAGAGCUCAAUGCACUGUAAAUAAAACAUAUGCAAAUAGACAAAACACAAGCAAAUAAAAAAUAAAAAUGACUAUGUUGAUAGCUGCAUAAAGAGAAAUGAAAACUGUUUCCAGGGCACACUUAAAAGUGAUGCACAAUGCUGGGAAAUAUAUUUGUCCUCAUGGUUUUUGUCUUAUGAAGUUAUUCAACUCAGGUUAAAAAACGAGCUAAGAUGUAGUUAGACUGUUUUGGCUUAUUCUUAAUCAUGUGAUUCAGUUGUCGUUGCAACUGUCAUUCAAUUCAUCUGACAAAAUGCACACAAUUACCUGAAACAGGCUGACAUUAUGUUAGCUCUACAGUUAUUUUCAGAAUUGUCACAAUUCAAGGAUGAAAAUAAAUUGCAAAUGGUUCAAUAAUGGUGUAAACUUACUCAUUGUACACAUCACUUAUUUAUUAGAAGGGAUACAUCCAGAUUGGACUUGCAGAAUAAAGUUUGUUAUUAGUAGUA